AUGGAGAAGGGCAUCAGCUAUUUGAAGCGGAAGAACAAGUACAACGUUUCCGCCUACGAUCAGAUAGGAAGCUUCUUGCUCAAGCUCUUUUUGGAAAGGCCGCCACAGGAGCGCACUUAUCGUGAAUUUGAAGCAGAGGCGUCUGAACUGGCUGUAAGCAAGCAGCAAUCCAACCAGGUUAGGACAGUCCAGCAGGAUGAGCGCCUUCUGUCCCAAUUUCUUUACUCGUUUUAUAAAACUUUUGAAGCGUCGGGCACUGGAGAAGAGGAAGAGCCAGAACCUGAGCCCGAGCCUGAGGACCCUGCAGAGUACCCUGACAUUCCUGACCUAGUAUCUCUUUCUACCAGACUCCAGGUGGUAGGCAUUCCUUUCUCUUCUCACGAUGCCGCUGAACUCCAGUUAGCUAUGCGUCGUCUGGCCACCUCAGAGGGGCGUGACGGCGAUAAGCUUUCUCUCUUUGGAAAGAUAGGCUGCUAUUGGGUCUUCCGUGCGGAAACAGAUGCGUACAUCGAGCCCGAAGAGGAGGUUCCAGAAGAAUUUGAGGUGCCCGAAGAGGAGCAGGUGGAAGAAGAACCUCUUGAAGAUGUUCCUGAAGAAGAGCUUAAUGACGGAGAAGAAAAGGGAGAAGGAGAAGACGCUGAAGAGGCUGAAGAAAAGGCAGAAGAGGAUGGCGACCAAGAGGCUCAUGAAGAUGACGCUGAAGGCGAUGACCUUGGUGAGGAUAACCAUCAGGCCGGUGAGGAUAACGAAGAAGACAAAGGAGAGGCCGAAGAAGCCGAGGAAGAACUUCAUUCAGACCAGUCUAUCGAGGAGGAGUUUAAUGUACCAACAAAAAUAGCAAAAAAGGUGCCUGUAUACUGUGGAAAGCCAUUUCCUCUCAGUCACAUAAAUAGACUACCAAUGGAGGAGCACGAGGGGGUUAAUAAGGAUGUGUUUUUUGUUGCAACAGAUUUCGAACUUUCUCAAUUUGCAGCACAGAUUGCUCUCGAGCUCAUGGAGGAGGAACGCAUGAAGCAGUACCGCAAGGAGAACCGCCUUCAACAGCGCCCAACCUUUGUAGAUAAGCUUUUGCAUAACCUUUACAAGAAGCCUCUUUCCUUUGUUCCAUUACCUGAAGUAACUCCUGAACAAGUGCGUGUUGCUAGUCUUCUUCCGGCAUCUAGCCUUAUGUUCACAGGAAACCUCCAGCGAACUGUUAAUACAAGCCUGCCCAGAUUUGACGGCAAGGAGAGUCAUCUUCUUCGUUGUGUCAUUGCAAGGAUUCAGCAUGAGUGUACUAUUGUGCCGAAUAAAAUGUACGUGGCUGAGGUUGAGGAGCCAGAACCGGAGGAGACUAUUCUUACUGAAAUCGAGAAGCAGGCUCGUGCAAUAGAACUGCGAAAAGAACGAAAGCUCUUGGAACUCACGCGGACUCUAAAGGUUCAUGAGAUACUUUAUCAUUUUCCUUCCCUCAGCAAGCGAAGCGAAGACGAAGAGCCGGAGAACUGCGAUGCUAUAUAUGCAGAGCUCGCGGAGGACUUUACUGGCUUUAAUAACAUAAGACUCUUGCUAUCUCCAACAGAAUGGCGUUACUUACUGCCCCGAAUCACCGGCCAAGGCCGUGUACAUCCUCUUAGCUACGAAGACUAUGAAGCAAUAGAUGACCCAGAGCCUUGGGAGGUUGAUGUGGCGUUGACGCUUAAGCAGAAGCGCAAGGAGGAACGCGAACGUAUUAAGCAGGAAAAGAAGGAAGCGAAAGAGCGUGAGCUGGAGGAGCUCCGUGAAAAGCUAGGAGAAAAAAGAUUUGCUAAGUACAUGGCAAAGCGGGAGGAGGAAGGAGAAGAUCAGGGGGAAGAAGAGGAAGAUCCGUCAGACCCCGAUGACCUACAUAUAGAGCCCGAUGAUUACGAGGUGGAGGAGCUGGAGAAACCCGAUCCAGAGGAGGGAAGCUACGACGACUGGUGCAAGUAUCACAUGUACAGGUUGUGGACCAAGCUCCGCAUCUUCCACAGACCGAUAUGCCCGUGGGAUCUCCCUCUACUAGAUAACAAAACAAAUAUACCCCUGCCUCAGCUCUUUCAGCCCCUGGAUGCCGAGGACAGAACCCGUGUUAACUUUAAGGCUCCACAGAAGUGCAGGUACCAUAUCGAUGAGAAGGAUCUGCAGAACUCCAUGGCCGUUUCUAACACAGUUAUGUCCAAGUGGCAAUUUUCUUGUCACCAAGAUCCAUUGAAUGGCGACGCAUUCUUGACUGUGUACUGCACCAACUGGCCCGGCUCGGUCAAUCUUCUUUACGGGGCUCGUGGAAAGCGGCACUCUUUGCUGUAUUUCGGAGACGGGGUCUCGUUGUCGAAUGUAGAGAGCAACAUCAACCUGCCGGACAUGUGCAUGGUGCCAUUCGACGUGGUUGAGGAGGACGAGCUACCUGUUGCAGAGCAAAGGCAAAUGUAUGAAGCAGAGCAGGAGAAGAAGAGAUUGAAAAGAGAGCGCGAAGAGGCUGAGAGAUUAGCAGCAGAGGAGGGCGAAGAAAACGAAGAAGCGUGA